AUCUAUAGAAAAUACACUUAGCUUCAGCUGCUUCAACGCUCCUUGGAAUUUUAAAAUGUUUCAAGCCUUGGUUCGGCAAGCUUAUCACCCCCUGCCCAGCCACCAGCCGGGGGAACCCGACGCCAAGUACAAGGGGAAGCUGGUGCAUGAAACUCAGCUGAACUGCUUCUACAUCAAACCUGGAGGUUCCAACUAUGGGAGUCCCCGUCCAGCUCAUGCCAACAUGAAUGCCAACGCAGCCGCAGGGCUGGCCCCGGAGCACAUCCCCACGCCGGGGGCAGCCCUGUCCUGGCAGGCUGCCAUCGAUGCCGCCAGGCAAGCCAAGCUGAUGGGCAGCGCUGGCAACGCCACCAUCUCCACAGCCAGCUCCACCCAGAGGAAAAGGCAGCAGUAUGGCAAGCAGAAGAAACAGGGAAGCACCACGGCCACGCGUCCCCCCCGGGCGCUGCUGUGCCUGACGCUGAAGAAUCCCAUCCGGAGGGCGUGCAUCAGCAUCGUCGAAUGGAAAUAUCCUUGGGAUGCACCUGAGGUACCAUUUGAAAUAAUUAUUUUACUGACUAUUUUUGCCAAUUGUGUGGCCUUAGCUAUCUAUAUCCCCUUUCCAGAAGAUGAUUCCAAUGCCACCAAUUCCAAUCUGGAACGAGUGGAAUAUCUCUUUCUCAUAAUUUUUACAGUGGAAGCAUUUUUAAAAGUAAUAGCAUACGGACUUCUCUUUCACCCCAACGCUUACCUCCGCAAUGGCUGGAAUUUACUAGAUUUUAUAAUUGUGGUAGUAGGGCUUUUUAGUGCAAUUUUAGAACAAGCAACCAAAGCAGAUGGGGGGAACUCAAUAGGAGGAAAAGGCGCCGGAUUCGACGUUAAAGCGCUGCGAGCUUUCCGAGUGCUGCGUCCCCUACGGCUGGUGUCUGGAGUUCCCAGUCUCCAGGUGGUUUUAAAUUCAAUUAUCAAGGCCAUGGUCCCUUUGUUGCAUAUUGCCCUGCUGGUGCUGUUUGUCAUUAUUAUCUAUGCCAUCAUUGGACUGGAGUUAUUCAUGGGGAAGAUGCAUAAGACCUGCUACCAUGUGCAAGGGGGACUGAUAGAUACACCUGCAGAGGAUGAUCCCUCGCCCUGUGCCCCCCAGUCUGCCCACGGGCGGCAGUGCCAGAACGGCACCGAGUGCAAGGCGGGCUGGGAGGGACCCAAGCACGGCAUCACCAACUUUGACAACUUUGCUUUUGCCAUGCUCACCGUGUUCCAGUGCAUCACCAUGGAGGGCUGGACAGAUGUGCUCUACUGGGUCAAUGAUGCCAUAGGAAGGGACUGGCCCUGGAUCUAUUUUGUUACACUAAUCAUCAUAGGGUCAUUUUUUGUACUUAACUUGGUUCUCGGUGUGCUUAGCGGGGAGUUUUCCAAAGAGAGAGAGAAGGCAAAGGCUCGAGGCGAUUUCCAGAAGCUGCGGGAGAAGCAGCAGCUGGAGGAGGAUCUGAAGGGAUACUUGGACUGGAUAACUCAAGCAGAAGACAUUGAUCCAGAAAAUGAAGAUGAAGGCAUGGAUGAGGAGAAGCCUCGAAACAUGAGCAUGCCCACCAGCGAGACCGAGUCCGUCAACACCGACAACGUGCCCGGAGCCGACAUGGAGGGCGAGAACUGCGGCGCCCGGCUGGCGCAUCGGAUCUCAAAAUCAAAAUUUAGCCGCUACUGGCGCCGGUGGAAUCGGUUCUGCAGGAGGAAGUGCCGUGCUGCUGUCAAGUCCAAUGUUUUCUACUGGCUGGUGAUCUUCCUCGUGUUCCUCAACACCCUCACCAUUGCCUCUGAGCACUACAACCAGCCAGACUGGCUCACAGAGGUCCAAGACACUGCCAACAAGGUGCUGCUGGCUCUUUUCACGGCAGAGAUGCUGCUGAAGAUGUACAGCCUCGGCCUCCAGGCAUACUUUGUGUCCCUCUUCAACCGCUUUGACUGCUUCAUUGUGUGUGGAGGCAUCCUGGAAACCAUCCUGGUGGAGACCAAGAUCAUGUCACCGCUGGGCAUUUCUGUUCUGAGAUGUGUCAGGCUCCUGAGAAUAUUCAAAAUCACCAGGUAUUGGAACUCCCUGAGCAACCUGGUGGCUUCCCUGCUGAAUUCAGUCCGCUCCAUUGCCUCCCUGCUGCUGCUCCUCUUCCUCUUCAUCAUCAUCUUCUCCCUGCUGGGCAUGCAGCUCUUUGGGGGCAAGUUUAACUUUGAUGAGAUGCAGACCAGGAGGAGCACGUUUGACAACUUCCCCCAGUCCCUCCUGACUGUGUUUCAGAUCCUGACUGGGGAGGACUGGAAUUCGGUGAUGUAUGAUGGGAUCAUGGCUUAUGGCGGCCCCUCUUUUCCAGGAAUGUUGGUCUGUAUUUACUUCAUCAUCCUCUUCAUCUGUGGAAACUAUAUCCUGCUGAAUGUAUUUUUGGCCAUUGCUGUGGACAACCUUGCUGAUGCUGAGAGUUUAACAUCUGCUCAGAAAGAGGAGGAAGAGGAAAAAGAAAGGAAAAAGCUAGCUAGGACUGCUAGUCCCGAAAAGAAGCAGGAGGUGGAAAAAACAGCUGUGGAGGAAGAGACAAAGGAGGAGAAAAUUGAGCUGAAGUCCAUCACUGCUGAUGGGGAGUCCCCACCUGCCACCAAGAUCAACGUGGAUGAUUAUCAGCCCAAUGAAAAUGAGGAAAAGAGCCCUUAUCCCACAACAGAAGCCCCAGCAGAGGAGGAUGAGGAAGAGCCUGAGAUGCCUGUUGGCCCCAGACCUCGCCCCAUGUCCGAGCUGCACCUCAAGGAAAAGGCUGUGCCCAUGCCUGAUGCCAGUGCUUUUUUCAUCUUCAGUCCUAACAACAGGUUUCGUGUCCACUGCCACCGAAUCGUUAAUGAUAACAUUUUCACCAACCUGAUCCUCUUUUUCAUCUUGCUCAGCAGCAUCUCCCUGGCAGCUGAGGACCCUGUGAGACACCUCUCCUUCAGGAACCAAAUUCUCUUUUAUUUUGAUAUAGUUUUUACUGUCAUUUUCACCAUUGAAAUUGCUCUGAAGAUCCUAGGCAAUGCAGACUAUGUCUUCACUAGUAUCUUUACAUUAGAAAUUAUUCUUAAGAUGACUGCCUAUGGGGCUUUCCUCCACAAGGGCUCCUUCUGCAGGAACUAUUUCAACAUCCUGGACCUGCUGGUGGUCAGCGUUUCUCUCAUCUCCUUUGGCAUCCAGUCCAGUGCCAUCAAUGUGGUGAAGAUCCUGCGUGUCCUGCGGGUCCUUAGGCCACUGAGGGCCAUCAACAGAGCCAAAGGACUAAAGCACGUGGUGCAGUGCGUGUUUGUGGCCAUCAGAACCAUCGGGAACAUUGUGAUUGUCACCACCUUGCUGCAGUUCAUGUUUGCCUGCAUUGGAGUUCAGCUGUUCAAGGGCAAGCUGUACAGCUGCACUGACAGCUCCAAGCAGACAGAGGCAGAAUGCAGAGGGUACUACAUCACCUACAAGGAUGGGGAGGUCAGCCAGCCCAUGAUCCAGCCCCGCAGCUGGGAGAACAGCAAGUUUGACUUUGACAACGUGCUGACUGCCAUGAUGGCUCUGUUCACCGUCUCCACCUUCGAGGGCUGGCCAGAGUUGCUGUAUAGGUCCAUUGAUUCCCACAUGGAGGAUGUGGGACCCAUCUAUAAUCACAGGGUUGAGAUCUCCAUCUUCUUUAUUAUCUACAUCAUCAUCAUUGCUUUCUUCAUGAUGAACAUCUUCGUUGGUUUCGUCAUCGUCACAUUUCAGGAACAAGGAGAACAAGAGUACAAGAACUGUGAGCUGGACAAAAACCAGCGCCAGUGUGUAGAGUAUGCCCUGAAAGCCCGGCCCCUGCGGAGGUACAUCCCCAAAAACCAGUACCAGUACAAGGUUUGGUACGUGGUCAACUCCACCUACUUCGAGUACCUGAUGUUCGUUCUGAUCCUGCUCAACACCAUCUGCCUGGCCAUGCAACACUAUGGUCAGAGCUGCAUGUUCAAGGAAGCCAUGAAUAUCCUCAACAUGCUCUUCACUGGGCUCUUCACCGUGGAGAUGGUCCUGAAAUUAAUUGCCUUCAAACCCAAGGGUUACUUUAGUGAUCCUUGGAAUGUUUUUGACUUCCUCAUCGUAAUUGGCAGCAUUAUAGACGUCAUUCUCAGUGAAACUAAUCACUAUUUCUGUGAUGCAUGGAAUACAUUUGACGCCUUGAUUGUUGUGGGUAGCAUUGUUGAUAUAGCAAUCACCGAGGUGAACCCAGCUGAACAUACCCAAUGCUCUUCCUCUAUGAACGCAGAGGAGAACUCUCGCAUCUCCAUCACCUUCUUCCGGCUCUUCCGCGUGAUGCGCCUGGUGAAGCUGCUGAGCCGCGGGGAGGGCAUCCGCACGCUGCUCUGGACCUUCAUCAAGUCCUUCCAGGCUCUCCCCUACGUGGCUCUUUUAAUCGUGAUGCUGUUCUUCAUCUACGCUGUGAUUGGGAUGCAGGUGUUUGGUAAAAUCGCGCUGAACGACACCACGGAAAUCAACCGCAACAACAACUUCCAGACCUUCCCCCAGGCUGUGCUGCUGCUGUUCAGGUGUGCCACAGGUGAGGCCUGGCAGGAAAUCAUGCUGGCAUGUCUCCCGGACAAGAAGUGUGACCCCGAGUCGGAGCCGGCCAACUCCACGGAGGCCGAUCACUCCUGCGGCAGCAGCUUCGCCGUCUUCUACUUCAUCAGCUUCUACAUGCUCUGUGCCUUCCUGAUCAUCAAUCUUUUUGUAGCUGUUAUAAUGGAUAACUUCGAUUACCUGACACGGGACUGGUCCAUUUUAGGACCACACCACCUGGAUGAGUUUAAAAGGAUCUGGGCAGAGUAUGACCCUGAAGCUAAGGGCCGGAUCAAGCACCUGGACGUGGUGACGCUGCUGCGGCGCAUCCAGCCCCCGCUGGGCUUCGGGAAGCUCUGUCCUCACAGGGUGGCUUGCAAACGCCUUGUCUCCAUGAAUAUGCCACUGAACAGCGAUGGGACUGUCAUGUUCAAUGCCACUCUCUUUGCACUGGUCAGAACAGCCCUCAGGAUCAAGACAGAAGGUAACCUGGAGCAAGCCAACGAGGAGCUGAGAGCAAUAAUUAAGAAAAUCUGGAAGCGCACCAGCAUGAAGCUGCUGGACCAGGUGGUGCCUCCUGCAGGUGACGACGAGGUGACAGUGGGGAAGUUCUACGCCACUUUCCUGAUCCAGGAAUAUUUCAGGAAGUUCAAGAAGCGCAAAGAGCAGGGGCUGGUGGGGAAGCCCUCCCAGAGGAAUGCCCUGUCCUUACAGGCUGGGCUGCGCACGCUCCACGACAUCGGGCCCGAGAUCCGACGGGCCAUCUCUGGAGACCUGACAGCUGAGGAGGAGCUGGACAAGGCCAUGAAAGAAGCAGUUUCUGCUGCCUCUGAAGAUGAUAUCUUCCGGAGAGCUGGAGGCUUGUUUGGAAACCAUGUGAGCUAUUACCAAAGCGAUGGCAGGAGUGGGUUCCCCCAGACCUUCACCACCCAGAGACCUUUGCACAUCAAUAAGUCUGGCAACAACCACGGGGACACCGAGUCUCCAUCCCACGAGAAGCUGGUGGACUCCACCUUCACUCCCAGCAGCUACUCAUCCUCAGGCUCCAAUGCCAACAUCAACAACGCCAACAACACUGCCCUGUGCCGCUUCCCCAGCCCACCCAGCUACCCCAGCACUGUCAGCACGGUGGAAGGACAUGGCACCCCCUUGUCACCCACCAUAUGUGUGCAGGAGGCUCCCUGGAAGCUCCCAGCCAAAAGCUCCAGUUCCAGAGACAGCCAGCUGGCAAUUGUUUGCCAAGAGGAAGUGUCUCAGGAUGAGACUUAUGAUGAAAAUUUGAAUGAAGACAUUGAGUACUGUAGUGAACCAAGUCUGCUUUCUACCGAAAUGCUGGCAUUCCAAGAUGAUGAGAACAGACAACUGACUCUGCCAGAAAGCAGCAAAGGAGAGGACACCCGGCACUCUCCCAGGAAGGGGUUCCUGUACUCCUCAGCUCUAGGUCGAAGAGCAUCUUUUCACUUAGAGUGUUUGAAAAGACAGAAAAACCAGGGUGUGGAUGUCUCACAAAAGACAGUCCUGCCUUUGCAUCUGGUCCAUCAUCAGGCACUAGCAGUGGCCGGCCUGAGUCCCCUGCUCCAGCGAAGCCAUUCCCCCACCUCGUUCUCUCGGCUGUGCGCUACGCCCCCGGCCACGCCGUGCAACCGGGGCUGGGCACCACAGACCAUCCCCACGCUGCGGCUGGACGGGGCGGAAUCCUCGGAGAAGCUCAACAGCAGCCUGCCGUCGGUGCACUGCGGCUCCCGGUGCCCCGAGAGCGGCGGCAGCCCGCGGAGAGCCCGGCCCGUGUCGCUGACCGUGCCCAGCCCCAGCGCCGGGAGCAGCCGGCAGCUCCACGGCAGCGCCAGCAGCCUGGUGGAAGCGGUCUUGAUUUCGGAAGGACUGAUGCAGUUUGCUCAAGAUCCAAAGUUCAUUGAGGUCACAACCCAGGAGCUCGCAGACGCCUGCGACAUGACGAUAGAAGAGAUGGAAAAUGCAGCAGACAACAUUCUCAAUGGUAACAGCAAGCAGAGCCCCAAUGGCAACCUCUUGCCUUUUGCUAACUGCAGGGACCCAGGGCAGGACAGUGCAGGAGAGGAAGAGGAAGAGGUGCAAAACCCGGAUUGUAGGAUAAGUCAGGAGGAGCUCAAGGACAGCAGGAUUUAUAUCAGCAGCCUGUAGUUGCCAGGGCUGGAAGCGAUGCUGGUUUUUUAUUUGUUUCAAUGUUCCUAAUGGGUUUGUUUCAGAAGUGCCUCACUGUUCUCGUGACCUGGAGUAACCGGAACAGCGUUCUUCAUUCAUUUCUGUUGGGACGAGUCGCAGAGUUGGGUGGUGUAAGAAAGCUUUUCAGGAGCGGAUAUAACCCCAGCACGUGUCCGCGAAGGAAGAGCGAGGAGGAGGAGGAGGAGCAGAGGAGGAGAGGCAGCUCCCUCUUUUUUUCAGUCCCUGCACAAGGAACGACAGCUGCCUCCGGAGCACCAAGGGGAACCUCAGCUUCCUGCCGAUGGCCCUAGCCAAAAGGACCCUGCACCAAACGGGUGUCUUUCAACCUUGCUUGUAAAAAUCAUUUUGCACAUAUUCUGUAUGAGCCUCACCGUCUCCAUAAAGCCAAGGCCCUUUGAUUGGGAAGGAGAGGAAGACUUCUGCUGCGGAUUCCCGACGGCCACGGGGAGGAGGAAGCAGGAGAAGCCCGCGGGCGUCGAGGCGCGGCCCAGCCCUGCCGGCCAAUCAGAGCUCGGGCGGUCACUCGCCAGCCAAUCGGAGCUCAGGCGGUUCUGCUGCCGGCCAAUCAGAGCCCAGCGCGCCAACCGUGCCAGCCAAUGGGAGAUCAGGCAUGGCGGCACUGCUGAGGGGCCGCUGGCCUGUGCAGAGCUCUUGUUUUGCAGUUUGGUAUUUUCUUGAAAGCAUGUUGCAGUUUUUAUUUUGACUAUUUUAUUAUUUUUUUUUUGAGGGAGAAGGGAGUGUUUACAGCGUUUUGUAAUCACCUACCUUUUUUGUUUUGGUUUCUUUUCACCUUUGCGGAUGUUAAAUUGGUUUGAUCAUGUUGUAUUAUUUAAACUGGGGGGGGGGGGUGGUUCGCCAUUGGAAUUUGUUAGAAGCGUAAGGAUCAAUGAGUUUUACCCACCAUUAUGUACACCGAAAAUUUGUAAUUUUAUUUCCUAGCAACCCAAACCUUUUUUUUUUUUGUUGUUGUUUUAUAAUUUAAAGACAGUAGGCAAUGCACUUGUAGUCUUGCACAUGUGAGUGACUGAUCUGGGUUCUUUGUCGUGCUCAGUGUCUCUGUGAGCGUGGGAGCAACGGGAGCGUGUGUGUGUGUGUAAGGUCUGCACCCGGGGCCAUUCGAAUGCAAAAACAAACCACUGUCUCUGCUUUCCAAAAGGGAAUCAGUAACUUUGCAUUUUCUGUUCCACAAGAUAUGCAAAAACAAUGCAAUAAUAUUGAUUUUAAAAAUAAAAUUGUAAGUUUGUGUUGGCAUUAAAACUGUAUAGAAAAAAAAAAAUUUACAGGGGUGGGGGGGGAAACAAAAAAAAAGCAAACAAACAAACCAGAAGACGUUACGCUUCGAUAUAUUCCGUGUGAUGUUUUAUUGCAUUGAUAAUGUUUCUGUUGAAGAAACCGUUAUACUUGAAUUCAGGUCAGUUUCAGUAUUUUUCAAAUAUUUUUUUAAAAUGAAUUGCAAUUGUGCCAAGCAAAGAUAAUGAAUCGAAUUAAGUUUGUUUAAAAAAAAAAAGAAAAAAAAAAGAAUCACUUCUUGUAUAUUUUGCUGCAUGUCAAGUGAAUCAUUUCGUAUUUGGAAUGUGCCAAGCUUUACCUUUGAACUGUUAAGUGCUUUUUUACGUGUGGUUGGGGAAAGGGUACUAUUUUAUUUUUUUUCCUUUUUUAAUUUGUACGAUGAACAAAGUGUACCUGGUGUAAGUAACUAUUCUGCAAUCCACUGACAGGUUGAACGUUACUGAUUUUGCAUAUCUUGUGUUCAUUUUCCUUCUUCCUCACUCCCUUUUAACGUGCACGGUGACUUUAUCAGUAGAGAACCUUUCUUCCCGAGACUGGGACAGUUUAUUCAGGCUUUGUUUUCUUUCCUUUUGCUCAGUUCCUCUAAAGGUCUUGUCCCACUCGAGGGUGGCAGGACCCCCAAAGCCCAUUUGGCAGAUCCAUCCUACACGUUCAGCUGGCACCAGCAAUUUAAGGAGCAGGGGGGAAAGAAAUCUGGCUUCAAAAUUAUUUUAUUAAAUAGCUGAACCCUGAUCAAUUCUAGCAGGAUCCUGGGAUAAGAAAUGCAAGAAUCAGAAUAGUUGGCAAAGUAAAUUUAUCUAACCCUGGUCUGGGCUGAAAGCAGAGGGAGAGAUGUAUGGAUCUUUAUCAGGAGAAUUGCUGCAGUCUGGUUAAGAUGCAGGUGCCAAGUGACUUUUUGGUGUUCCUAUGCAUGGUCUCAAUCCUCUUCCCAGACUUUAGUGCAUGGGUCAGGUACUAAGUCACAAAACAUCUGCUAGCACAGCAUGUCCCAGCCACAGUUCCUGACUAGUAAGUGUGAAACUCUGUCACACUGACAGUUGGCCCUAACCCUGAGAGAGGAUGAAAAAACAGGCACGUAUUGUUAGAUUUUAUGCAACUGAUCUUUGUCUAGACUACUGCUGUUGUUUCUCCCUUCUCAGGAUGAUUCACAAACUUGCAGAUCAGUUCUGAGGUGUGAUCUGACUCAGAGCUAAACUUCAAUUUAAAUCUUGAGCUCCUGCAGAUGUCCAAGGACACUCUUCACUGCAUACAUUGAUUACGUUAUUUUUGUAACACUCUUGUUUUUCUUCUUGAUUCUCUGGGGCAUAAAGGAGAAAUAGCAAAGGGUAUUUUUGACUGUACUUUUUGAACCGGCUGGUAUCAGCUCAAGAUACCUUGGAAAAAACCAAAUACUAGAGAAAUAUGAAGCCAUUUCUACAAGCAUCUGUCAUAAAUCAUAAUUCAAGGUUUCCCUGGAGAAAGUAACCAGCUGAUGUGGAUCAGUGUCAUCCUUUCAUCCCUGGUACCUGUAUGGAGAUGUGUCUCCCUGUGAGUUUGCUGCUGCUGGUGCUGAUGUGCUCCAAAGGUACUUGAAAGAGAAAAAUGCCACGUAAGGGCUCCCUAACUCAUUUUCUUUCACUGCAAAGACCUUCCAAAUGGAAGACAGCAGUCCUUCAGUCCUGAAAAACAAUGCUUACCUGAAUUAGUGGUGACAAUGAGCACUUUGGAUGCUUGACAGUUCAUCUUUUAGGAUUGUUCCUGAUGGGAAGGGAAAUGACAGGAAGGAUUGUGCCCCGGGCAUUCUUGGUGAAAGCUGCUACUCCCUCGGGGGGCAGAGCCUGCAAUGGCCAGGGGAAACCCCACUUCCUCCUGGAAAACCCAGUAGGUGCUGCAGAGUGGAAAAUGUAUGGCUAGCAGAGAAUGCAAAUGGCUUGUGCAGUUUGAGGGGCAGUUAAAUUUAGUAAUUGCUGGUGCCAGCUGUGCAAACUUCUCUUUCUGGGGAGGGUGGCUUUUUCUUUCUUUUUCAUUUGAGGUACUUCCAGUGUGCACAUUGUGACAGGCCUGAGCAAAGAGCUGCUGCCUGCUGCGAGUGAGGCAGUCUGGGGGACAGUGGGAAGGAGGGGGCAGGUUUAGCUCCUGGAGUGUUUCCCUGUGUAUGGGAGAGGAUGGUGGGUACAAUCACUGUGCUGUGGAUGGAAGCUUUGAAGGAAGAAGCUGAGAAGUGGCGUGGAAGAAUGGGGAAAACGAUCUGCUGUUUGCCUCUGAGCAUCUCUGACUCACAAGAGGACACUGCAGACUAAAGACAUUUCUUAUAAAACAACAAACCUCCUCCCUGUAUCACUCCUGCUCAUUAGUCCAGACACUACUGGGCCAGCCACAUCGGGUGCAUUUCUUUUUUUCUUCCUUAUUUCUGUGUGGCUGACAUGAUGGGAAAGCAAGCGGAACUCACGAUCCAGAGCUGGAGUUUCCUUGUCCACAGACCUUUUGUGCAUCAUCUGCCUCUCCAGCUGGACAUGUACGAUGAUGGUGUAGAUGCUGCUGCUACUGCAGGGGUCCCACGUGUUUUCUUGCCCUGCCCACCACACCCUGGCACGGAGGGACAGCCAGAGAGGCGCCAUGUACAGAUUGCAUCUAUUUCUGCUUUGUUUUCUGACUCACAACCCUGCCCCAGUGACUACGACAACGACAACAACAACAACAAAAAAAGGGCAAAUGCAUUUUUUACAUUUCUUGAUAAUUUCCAAAGCAAUGUAUCAUUGCUUUCUUUAGACUGACGCCAAUAUAACAGUUGUAUGGGUCUCAGCCAGGCUCCUGUGUCUUUUCUGCCUGAGUUUCAGAUUGCUGUAUGAAAUGUAUGCGCGUUUGCACACAGACACAACCGGACGAGGUGGGGUUGGUCACCUGUGUCACAGGUGGAGUUGGAGGCCUUGAUUCAUAUGUGUAGAUGAGAAACCCCAACCCCACUGGUCCAGGGAGCUGAAGUGAAGCAGCCCUACUGGGACAGAGCUGAGUAUCCUGAGAUACAUCCAUGGUCCUGCUGCGACUGUCCCCGCAGCAGGGACCGUGGCGGGGAGAGGAACACUGAAUGGGGAAUUUGGAGCACAACAAUACUCAAGUAGAAUCCAGUUGGGGGUUUCUGGUAGCAGUGAGAUUUUAUCAGUUCCCAUAAUGAAAAUUGUAAUGUGCAUAAAGAAAACAUUCCAGGCCAUCAGAAGCCCCAGUUCCCACCUCACUAACAUUAGAGGCCAAGGAGGUUGUAUUGCUGCAAAAAAUGUGGAAAACAGAACUGGGCCCUGAAAAAAUUUAAUUACAUCUUUCCCCCAUUUAUUUCUUUCUUCAAAGAAGUCUAAGAAAGACAAUUCUCAAUAGCUGCACAGGGUGUCUUUUUUUCUUCUUUUGAAUGUUGUAAAACUUUUAAAGUUUUAUUCUGGGUGAGCAAGCCCAGGGAUCCAGAAGAUUUCCAAUGGGGUCUCAGUCCAUGGAGCUUUUAUCUCUGUUCCUACUUUGUUUCUGGAAAGCUGAAGCUACCCUGACCUUGCUGCUACAGCUCCCUGAGGUUGGGUGGGUGAGGGCAGAAGCAGAGCAGGAGAUAUGUCCUGUUCUGAAGACAGAUUGGGCUGCAAUUGCUUUGAGAAAACUCAGUCGUAUGACACUGGAAUAGGAAAAAAAAAAACCCUCUUCUGAUACAAACUUUAGUGUUCUAUUUAAAUUCUCCAUUUUUCUCCUCCCCCUUAUAGGGAACCUAACACUUGAGCAUAAAACCAGGCUUUCUUUAGGGGCACAGGGCUCGACUUAGUUGCCUAAACAUGGGUGUCCAGUGCCACUUGAGACACCACAGAGUAUCCUCUGCCAGGUCUGCUCUGGCCCAGGCAGGGCUGGUGUCACAGCCAUGGCAGAGAUCUCAGGUGGCAGGGGACAAUUAGGCAACUUAAUCAAGUCCCUUUCUAAAGGGCUAAUUGAGAGGAGCAGCACCAAUGACUGAUGUAAUGAGGGAAUCUUCAUUAGCAUUACCAAGGGCUUAGUUAGGCAGGAUCAGGAGCUUGUCUCCACACUCCCAUGCUGUUGUUUUUCUACCCCAUGCCAGGCACUCUGCCUCCACUCCUGCGGCCUGAGGUUGGCAGGGCUCUGCCCAGUCCUUUCCUUAGGCCAGGAUUAGUGGCUGCAUCCCAGGCCCAGGGGAGCAGGGGAGGCCCAGGCAAGAGCAGGCGUCACUCCACUCAUUCACAGAUUUUUCUGCCCCUUUCCAAAGCUUUUUCCUAUUUGAGACAGAACCACAAACUCAGACACCAUUUGUUGGCAUUAUCAUUCAGGUGAUUAAAUACCUGUGUUUUUUUGUUAGUUCUUUCCCAGUUAAGCUGAAAAGCUUUCAGUAUUUUAAGCAUCCUAAGUCAGUCUGCUCCCAUCUCAAGCACUAAGGUAGACUGGCAGCCAAUACUAUCUAAACAUCAUCAACUUUAUGAUUGCUCGUAGAAAUUAUUGUUUCAAGCUUAUUUAGUCUUAACAGUUUGAAUGUGGGAAGAAUUUGGAGGAGGAGGAGUGAGAUUGUAAAUAUCUCUGACAAACAUUGCUGCAUCACACACAAAAAAAAGGGGGAGAUACUUAUAAAACUGCCUUAAAAAUCAAUUCCGAAUGAUGAAUCUCCCUCCAAACAAUUGUUGCUUGAUAGAGCAAGGGAUGAGUCACUUUGGGUGAAUUCUGGCAAGAAGUGGCUGGAAUUUAGUCUGGUUUCAGGAGCAGGGGUGUAAUUUAGGAGCUGAUCUCUCACUCAGUUUGAAUUCACAUCAGCACCAAGGACUGAGCACUGCAGGAUUUAAGGGUUUUAGGACUGGUGGGUGCUGUCUGUGCAUGGUUUGGGUCUGGCCCGGCAGGUACUGCGUCCUGGUGUCUCCCAGUGACUUCAGGGAAGAUGGGGUUCUUCAGCACCUCUUAAGUUCAGGCCCUGGAGCACCAUUUCCUGCUCUGAUCAUCAGCUAUAAAUGUUGAUAAAUAUAAGUGUUUUGCCUUCAUCUGAAUUGCCCAGAGCUGUAAAAUGACCUCUCUCAAGUAUAAAUCAGUCCAGAUAUAAACCUCCUCUCCCACUCUUCCCUCCACUCCCUGCCCACCUUCCCAGCCCUCCCUCGCAUCUCCACCCGAGCCCUUCCCUGUCUCAAUUCUUUACCUCCUUCCACACUUUUAUAUCUAGUUUUCAUGAACCCACAGAAAUGCUUUUGUAAAUACUGCUGUACAGUUUGUAACCGUCAUGUAAGCCUGUCAUCAGUGCCAGAGUCCGUCUUGCCCUCUCGCACGUUUUAAAAUCAACAGAGGAAGGUUAGAGCGAGUGGCCCGCCCGUGAGCUAUAGGGUCAUCUCUGUGUGGGACAAAUGUAUAUUCCUGUAAGAUUGCAUUUUUAUCUAAGGAAUGAUGUUAUUUUAAAAUUGCUAAUAAAUUUCUAAACAAUG